GGCGGGAGGCAGAAGAGAACUCCAGGCUGACCGAAGUCUCCUGGCUGAGACCAGCUGGCUGCUGUCUGAACCCUGCCUGGGAGCUCCUAGCAUUUCUUCUGCCCCUCACUCCCAGCUCUUUGACACCUGAGCUGCAGGCCCUCAUCGUGAUCCUGCAGAACGGAAGUGGAUAUUGUCUUUGCUCUUUGAUUUUUGACAGAGAGGAUCUGGAUGGCUUCCACGCGGAUCCGAGAGGCCAGGGAGACAGAUUGUGGAGACAUUCUGAGGAUGAUACGGGAACUGGCCGAGUAUGAGAAACUUUCCCAUCAGGUGAAGAUCAGUGAAGAAGCCCUGAGAGCAGAUGGCUUUGGAGAGAACCCUUUCUUUCACUGUUUGGUGGCAGAGAUUGUUCCAGCACCUGGGGAGCUCCAAGGGCCCAGUGUGGUGGGCUUCGGGCUAUACUACUUCAUCUACAGCACAUGGACUGGAAGAAACGUUUAUCUGGAAGACAUCUAUGUGAUGCCACAAUAUCGGGGUAAAGGGAUUGGUACCAAAAUAAUCAAAAAGGUGGCUGAGAUUGCUCUACACAAGGGGUGCUCCCAGUUCCGCCUGGCAGUUCUGGACUGGAACAAGAAGGCCAUUGACUUGUACAAGUCUCUGGGUGCUCAAGAUCUGACCGAAGCAGAAGGCUGGCGUUUCUUCCGAUUUGAACAAGAGGCAGUGAAGAAGUUGGCAGGAUGAUGACGUCAUCCCCUGGGGAGUUCAGUUUAUUGCUACUUAUUUGGGAAUAUCCUAACAAGUUUUCCUAAGGCUAUAUUCACAGACACUGACCUAGACUGCACUGAGGUGCAGAAAGAGUGGAAACAGGGAGGAGUCUUGUUAAGAAUAAAGAAUAAAAUACUUCGUU